GAAAUCUACAGGUCUCAUUCAAGGAAAAUUUGUUCCUAUUAUUGAUGCUAUUGCUAUAUCAGACGCAAGUAUUGAAUUUGCAAAAGAGGAAGGUGUUUCUAACCUUGCCGAUUUUGAAGAAGCAUCAAGUUCGUCUAAUUAA